GGCACCUAGUUUCUACGGCUUCGCGUCACUCCGGUGUGAGUGAUGCUUGUAUUUCCGAACACGAGUCUCGUUUAGUGUUACGUCAUCGCUAUGUGACUGCGUGUGUGGACAGUGGGAGUCGAAUGCGUUUGGCGAUCUCUGUGGUUUCUGUCGGCGACGUUAUGAGGUGUUCAACUACAAAGUGAAUUUCUGUCUAUAAUGGACACAAUGAGUACGACAGGAAUCCGCUAUUCGAGUUCUCCGCUGCCCUCCCCGAUACCCAACCAUAUGGAGAAACGGAGUGCCAAGGACAAAGGCUCCAAGUUUCUUCGGAGGCUGGUCCACGUGCGGCACAUGGACUUCCAGUUUGCCCUGUGGCAGAUGCUCUACCUCUUCAUCUCUCCGCAGAAAGUGUACCGCAACUUUCAGUACCGUAAGCAAACAAAGGACCAGUUUGCAAGGGACGACCCUGCAUUCCUGGUUCUUCUUGGACUUUGGCUCAUAGCUUCUUCGGCAGUCUUUGUGCUUGUCCUGGGCAUCCACUUUCUCGGGUUCCUCAAGUUCCUCCUUUGGGUCAUCUUCAUCGAUUGCAUCGGUGUUGGAGUGCUCAUUGCCACUGCACUCUGGAUGGUCAGCAACAAGUACCUGCGGAAGCCGACGUGCCGAACGGAAGAUGUGGAGUGGGGCUACGCAUUUGAUGUGCAUCUCAACGCCUUUUUCCCUCUGCUCGUCAUUCUGCACGUCUUCCAACUUUUCUUCUUCAACGUGUUCAUCCAACACCCGUGGUUCAUCUCGCGCCUCUUUGGAAACACGUUGUGGUUCAUUGCCCUGGGCUACUACAUCUACAUCACGUUCCUUGGCUACAGCGCACUUCCAAUUCUGAAGAACAGCCAGGUGUUCCUCUAUCCGCUGGUGCUUUUGUUUGUCAUCUACCUGUUGACUUUGGCAGGCAACAUCAACCUGUGUAAACUGCUGAUGGACUUCUACAAGUUUCGGGUCAUGUGAGCCAACCGAUUUGUGUGUUGUGUCAUCGUCAAGAAGCUGCACACUCUGGGCCGGGCGAUCCUGGGUGUUGUGCGCAUGGAACAUUGAGGUGCUCCAACCACCGACCAUGCUGUGUCCGAUGUGUCUUUUCAACAAUGUGGCUGGGGAUAGUGCCUCCGUUUAAUUGUCUGUAUAUGCAUCUAGUGAACCAAUAAAGCCUGCCUUUCUACGGUU